GAACUAUUAUCGAUUGUUAACCUAAGUAACUUAUGUAGACACAUUGCUUCUGAUUUGUAGCGUGGUUAAAAUCAAAGUUUAUAAUAUUUAUCCGAAAUUACGAUGGCAAAAUACGAUUUAACAUCUCGCAUAGGACAAUAUUUAGAUCGUCAUUUGGUUUUUCCACUUCUUGAGUUUUUAUCUGCCAAACAAAUUUAUGACGAAGAUGAAUUACUUCAAGCAAAGUUGGAUAUUCUUAGUAAAACCAAUAUGAUAGAUUAUACAAUUGAUAUUCGUAAACAAUUGUAUCCUAAUUUGGAUGUUCCAGAGGAAUUAAAAGCUAGACGUGCAGGUGUUCUACAAGAACUUAGCGUUUUGCAAAACAAUGUUUCUGUUGUUGUAGCGCUAAUGAAUAAUGAAGAAGUUAUGAAGAAAAUGGAAAACAUGAGAGAUUCGAAGGCUUUGAGUAAUUACCUUACUCAAGAAUCUGAUUUUAGGGUAGAAAUGAUGGACAACUUCGUCAAACUUGCACAUUAUCGUUAUGAAUGUGGUAAUUAUUCUGUUUCCACUUCAUAUCUUUAUUUUUACAUGCUAAUAAUGCCACCAACUGACAAGAAUUAUUUGAAUGUAUUAUGGGGCAAGUUAGCUUCUGAGAUUCUUGUACAGAACUGGGAAACUGCACUUGAAGAUGUAAAUAAAUUAAGAGAAUAUAUUGAUAGCAAUAUCAUUGGGAAUUCUGUACAAGUGUUACAGUUACGUACAUGGCUUAUUCAUUGGAGUUUAUUUGUCUUUUUUAAUCAUGUUAAGGGAAGAGAUUUGAUUAUUGAAAUGUUUCUUUAUCGACCUCAUUAUUUAAAUGCAAUUCAAACAAUGUGCCCACAUAUAUUACGUUAUUUAGCCGCAGCAGUGAUUGUUAAUCGUUCUCGACGAUCUAUAUUAAAAGAUCUCGUGAAAGUGAUACAACAGGAAUCUUACACAUAUCGGGAUCCUAUUACUGAAUUCUUGGAACACUUGUAUGUUAAUUUUGAUUUUGAUGGAGCAAGACAGAAAUUACGACAAUGUCAAACCGUUGUAUUCAAUGAUUUUUUCCUUAUUGCAUUAUUAAAUGAAUUUGUAGAAAAUGCGAGAUUAAUGAUCUUUGAAACUUUCUGCAGAAUUCAUCAAUGCAUUAGUAUUGGAAUGCUUGCGGAAAAAUUGAAUAUGAAGGCAGAUGUUGCAGAAUGUUGGAUAGUUAACUUAAUUCGUAAUGCCCGAUUAGAUGCAAAAAUUGACAGUAAAUUAGGACAUGUUGUAAUGGGUGGACAACCAGCAUCUCCAUACCAACAACUGGUGGAGAAAAUUGAAACUUUAAGUGUACGAAGUGAAGCUUUAGAAAAUUUAAUUGAACGGAAAGUAAAAGCGAAGAAUCAGGAUCCAGUAAGUAUAAUGUGGAACUAAUAGAGUACCAUCGUUCUUGGAAUAUGGAUGUGUGACGUCAAAACAUCUUAUACAAAGUUGUAUGAAUAUAAAAGAUGACAUAAAGGAUUACAAUAAUUUAUCUGGAACAUUUAAACUUAUAAUAAAAUACGCUGUAUUACUGCUUGAUCCAUAGCUUCAUACAUCUCGCUGUAUAAAAUUCUAUCACAUUAAGUACAUAAACAAAUAUUUUAUUCAUUUUGAAAAAGGUCUAUAUAGACCUUUGAAAAUAAUAAAUCUUUUUUAAAACAACUUAAAAA